UUGUUGCCAAAAAGAGAAGGGCCUCUCGAGACAAGUGUAGUGUUAGGAUUACAAUUACAACACUAUAUCUUCCUCUUCUCGACACGACCCUUCGUCAUGUCUAGGCCAGCUAUGUCUCCUCCUUGCCACGUUUCAGCACUCUCUUCCACUAUAUAUAUACACACAUUCCCUCAUGUCUUUGCCUUAUCCACUCCCUAAAGCCAAAGGUAAAGAUGGUUGGUGCAAAUAAAAAACAACAAACGGUCCAAGCUAGUUCGAGGAAAGGCUGCAUGAGAGGAAAAGGUGGACCCGAGAACGCGUCUUGCACUUACAAAGGCGUAAGACAACGCACUUGGGGCAAAUGGGUCGCUGAGAUCCGUGAGCCUAACCGAGGAGCUCGUCUUUGGCUAGGUACUUUCGACACCUCCCGCGAGGCUGCCUUGGCUUAUGACUCCGCAGCUCGUAAGCUCUAUGGGGCCGAGGCUCACCUCAACCUCCCUGAGUCUUUAAGAAGUUACCAGGAAACACAAGUGGCGACCCAUACGCCAAGCAGCAACACCAGCGGAAAAAGCAGCGAGUCCAUCAACGAGGAGUCGAGUUCAUCCAACGAGAUGUCAUCAUGGGGAACAACAGAGGAGAUAUCAUGGGAACAUAUAAACGUUGAUUUACCGGUGACGGAUGAUUCUUCUAUAUGGGAAGAAGCUACAAUGUCGUUAGGGUUUCCAUGGGUCCAUGAAGGAGAUGAUGAUAUUACUCCGUUUAGUACUUGUAUUAAUGGUGGCUAUUCUAAUUGGGAUUCCUUUCAUUCACCACUUUAA